UUAUAUACGUAGAUACAUAUGUUAAUUUUGCAUUUUUAGUUUUGAAUUGGAGCAAACAAACAAUACUCUCGUACUCUCUAAUGGCCAAUAAUAAAUAAAGAAAUUGGGAUGAAAUGAAGAUUAGAAAGCGUAAAAAGUCUGGAUUCCGACGCCGGACGGACCUCCUGUUAAUUUAAUAAGAGCAUACUUAUCAAUCGUGUAAAAACUUGAGACUGGUCUCAAGACUCAUUUUGGAACGUCUCGGUCGAGAUCAAUUUCUGAGGGUCUCCGUCUUUCCUCAGAGCCGACUCCCCAAAGUCUUCGUUUGGGACUGGUCAGACUCUGGAUUUUUCGUCAUCUGCUAUUCUUCCACUUCAUCAACUUAAAGAGUUUGCCGUUCGCCACCUGGACAGCGGCUAACGGGAUGCGACAUUACCCACGUCGGCCAAUUAAAAUGACCUGCGUCAAAACCCAAAAGCUCGAUUUGAGCGCGUCCAUUGUGAACCACGUUAGCGGUUUGGGUUACCGCCGUUCCGUAAAACGCUUCCAUCUGCCGUACGCCCGCCGCUCACCGGCUUUUUGUGACUGCGGGGAGGACAAGACCCGAUGCUGCUCGACACCAAACUGAAUGCUGAAGACAACAAAUUUCCUCCCGAAACAUCGCAUGCUAAAAUGCGAUCAGAAUAUUUGUAUGGAAGAAACAAAAACAACUUGCACUUACAAGUUUCAUCCAGAGUCGUUAAGGCCUGCUCUGAUUCACGAGUAGGUCACUUCGAUUGGGCCCACGUUGUUGAAGCCAAUCGGCUUAGUCCCAGUGACAAGGACUCGCUAAAAGUUGAGACUCAAACACGUGAUGAUGUGGCCUAAUCACACACACACGACUGUGGCCUGGAGACUUUUAUAGUGUUGAGCCUAAGAGCUUUUAUGACAUUUGGGGAAAAAUGCAAAAAGUUUCAUUUCAUGCACAAGUAACCCUCCCGUCACCCCAGGACUGCACCCUUUGCGGGGUUGUGACUAAAGGUCACCCCUGCGACACAAGCAGAAGCUGCGCGACGUGGGGAGUCGGACUAACUAAGUCUCUCGCAUCGUCCUCUCCAAAACCGAGCGCCCUCAUGUCUUCCCCCACAACAUCCGCCGACCUUCCCUUGGGUCUUCCUCUCCCUCGGCUCCGUCCUGAGCAGCUUUCUACCGACAAAUUCACUGUCUCGCCUCCGGACAUGUCCAAACCAUCCAACUCUGUUCUCUGGAACGUCGUCUGGAAAAGAUCCAACUUUGGCUGUCCCUCUGAUGAGCAACGUGCUCACGCUGAGCGAAAACCUCAACAUCUUCCUUUCUACUUCCUGUUGUUUCGGCCUCCCCACACUGCUUGAUCAACUUUGCUCUUCAUCUGUCACAUAACACACCAAACACCUUCCGCUAGCUUUUUCAACCCGCUUGGACCAGUUUCUUCACCUCGUUACAAUACUCAUCAUUGAUCCUAUUAGCAACUGUUGAUAAUUUAAACUCCUCCAAAUUACAUGUAUUGGCUGGUUUUUGUUUUAAAUAUAUAAAUAUAAUUGGAGUUGGGGGGGGGGGGGGGGUCACAAUGCAGACUCAAUAAAGACAUCCAUGGACGACCAGGUCUGCCAGUGACACAGACGACUCGAAAAUGAUGUUAUUGGAAGCUUUUUGGACGAGUAUUUGAAGUUAGCAGUUGCACACGUCCAGGUCAACUUUCGUGCUAAUUAGCCAAGAGGCGAGCGGCUCCAUUUUUCAAAGGAAUUAAUUGGAAAUAUUUUAAUUCAUUUGGUUUUUUCGGGGCGUCUGAAUCUCAGCGUGAUCCCUAAAAACGUGGCCACCGAGCAAGGCCGCGUCAAAUCCUAUCUUACGUCCAGCUAGUAGUGCCCUGCGAACCCUGCGAAGUAAGCGCUGCUAGUUUCCACUCGCUAGCUCGCUAGCUCGCACUGGUCCCGGCCAUCCGUCGGAGCGGGCCCGGCCAUGUUUGGCGCAGCUGGGCCGAAGCACUCGGUCGGGUUUGGAUCUUUGUGGUGCAGCCCGACAAGCAGAGCUAACGGUGGCCACUUCGCCGCAUCGAUUUUGGACCGAUUCGGUCACAGCGACUGCGAGCGAGCGGCCCAGCAGCCCGCCGGCGAUACCCCAGUCCGGCCGCGGCAGAGCGGAAGUACUUUUGCCGGCGGCCCUGAUGGGAAUUUCCCUUUGACGUGAACGCGACGGGACCACUGGCGGGCUGCAUCCUCGCAGAAACGGCAAGCGUCUUUGGCGUGGGGGAACGAGAUGGACAAACGAAAACAAGCAGAGCUCCUCUUCAGAAGUGCCCCCAAGCAGUUAUUAAUAUCCAACACGGUUGCUGCCGCUCCACCAGCAAGAUUCUCGAAAUCUGAGUCACCGUCCGCUUUUAUCUACAACAUCAGCACGAGCCCCCGACGCCCAGACUCCCAGGAUCACUCACGACGCCGCCUACGUUGUCGUACCGCCGGCCGAAGACUUACUGAUGUAUUUGUGAUUCUUCAUACAGCAGGUCGGCAUGACAUCGAGGAAGCGCACCACAGAGAAGCAAGAUGACGGACGCAAGAAGCCAAAAUCUAAAGGGUCUGCGAGCCGGGAAGAGGAAACCUCGGCAGAGUCUCCAAGGAAGAGGAAGGCCAAAGUCCAGCGAGAGGAGAAGAACAGAAAGUUGGAGCGGGAAAGUCCAAAAGUCGACUUGUCCAAGAAGGAUUUGCUCCAGCUGCUGGGAAUCAUGGAAGGUGAAGUACAGGCCAGAGAGGACGUCAUCGGCCUGCUGAGGUCUGAGGGAAGCAAACCAAAGAAGUUGGAGUCUCGUUACGGAUGGUCCGUUCCCGCCGAGGCCCUGCAGGCCUUACAGAGGGACGACGGCAUGUUCCCCCGCCGAGACCGCCCUCCGGACGACGUGUACGAGAAGCCGAUGGCAGAGCUGGAUCGUCUGGAGGGCAAGCAGAGGGAGACGUAUCGCCGCAUGCUGGAGCAGCUUCUGCUGGCUGAGAAAUGUCACCGUCGCACUGUUAUGGAACUGGACAGCGAGAAGAGCAAACAUGCGGACUUCAUCGACAAAAGCGAUGACUUCACCAACCUGCUGGAAGAGGAGAGGGAGAGACUUAAAAAACGGUUGAAGCAGGAAGAGGCCUACCAGGCCCACAAGGACAAAGAGCACAGCAGGCAGCUGGAGAAGCUCCGAGCCCGGUCGGUCGAGCUCAAGUCCUUUGCCCUUAUGUUGGUGGAUGAGCGACAGCUGCACACCGAGCAACUUGACUUACAGAGCCAGAAGGUCCGAGAGCUCGCUCUCAAAUUGCACGACAAAGAGCGGCGAUUGGCGGACGUCACCGAGGUUGCAAAGGAGGAUGGCCAGAAGGUCCUCAGGCUGGAGCGCAGGAUGGCUUCUUCCAAAGUUGAGAUGGAUGCCACGGUGGCCAAACUGUCCAACCAGGAGUCCCAAAACAGACAGCUGCGACUCAAGCUCGCCGGCCUCACCGGCCAGAUAGAAGAACUCCAGGAGAGCAACCGUCACCUGCAGCAAUCAGAGAAGGACCUGCAGGACCUGAGGGAGGAUAUCAACAAAGGUGAAUCUGGCAACACCUCCCUCGUGGCUGAGCUGGAAACUCUCCGGAAAAAGGUGCUGGAGAUGGAAGGCAAGGAUGAAGAGAUAACUAAGACCCAGGCUCAGUGCAGGGACCUCGGAAAGAAGUUGCAAGAUGAGAAGAAUGUUAGCAAGGAGCUGAGACUGGAGGUGGACAAGCUGCAGAGGAGAAUGGCUGAACUGGAGAGACUCGAGGGGGUUUUCGGUAAGAGCCACACGGAAUGCUCACAGCUUCGUGCCAAGCUGGAGAAAGAAAAACAACGCGCAAUCGACCUGGAAGGCGAGCUGGAGAAGCUCAAAAGUCGACUCAAAGAACUGGAGUCUCUGGAAGCAAAGGUGGAGAGGGCAGAAAUGAUCCUCAGAGACGAUCUCACGAAGCUCAAGUCUUUUACCGUCAUUCUUGUGGAGGAAAGAAAGAACAUGGCGGAGAGACUGAAACAGGAACAGGAGAAAAAAGAAGAGUUGAGUCACAAGUUCAAAGCUGAGGAAUGUAAAGUGACCGAAGUCAUGGAAACGCUGAUCGAUGAGAGGAAAAAACUCCUCAGAUUCAAAUCGGAGACAGAGGUGAAAGUGGCUAGAGCCAGUGAGGAAAAUGACAACUUGAACGCUAAAGUUAUCAGCGAGCAGGAGCGAUCUCGCCAGCUCAACACUGACAUGCGAGAGGUGCAAGCGAUGAUGGAGGUGACGCAAAACUUAGAGACAAAUCAGGAAGGUAAAAUAGAAGCACUCACACUAGAAACGGAGAACCUCAGAAGCCAAUUAGAGCGACUGGAGGUCGUCAAGGGGGAUUUGAUGAAGACGGAGGAUGGGUGCGAACUACUGGAGACAACGCUCGGGACGGGUCAAGAAAACGCCAAUUCCAUCUCCAAGCUUGCGGAAGAAAUGACGAGACAGACAAGCCACCCGGUCAGGAGCAAAAGUGUGGAGAAAGGAGAAAUGACCAGUCCGGAGGACCAGCUAAGAACACGCUGCAAAAUGGAGGAAGCCAAGAGCCGGGAUCUGGAGGUGCAAGUUCAAGCACUGAAGGAGAAGAUUCACCAACUGAUGCCCAAGGAGGACCAGCUGUCCCAGCUCCAGGCUGAUUAUUCUGUCCUCCAGCAAAGAUUUCUGGAGGAGAAAGAGAGGAAGAAGAGAGCCACUCAAGAAGUGGCUGACCUCAGCCAGGAACUAGAAGCCAGCAGACGGUACGGCCGCACCUUGAGACCCGGUGUCAACGCCAGGAGGCUGGCGGAUGCUCGCCUCGUGUCCACGGCCGUGCAGACCGAUGCCUCGGCCGGUGGUUCUGCGGAAGAUUUCAUCCGCAAGUCCGUCCUGGAGGAGAAGCACCUCAUGAGCAACCUAAGACAGAGUGGUCUCAAAAAGCCAAUAGUUCUUGAAUGCUACCCGUCUGCUAGGGCAGAGGGCCAGACCCCGGUAAAGAGGACGCAGCUCCACUCUCCUGAGGUGUCCAUAUCCCAGAAGCCACGCCACCCGCUUCACAUCCGGGUCACACCCGAUCCCGGCGACAGCACCGCCACCGUGGAGAUCACCGGCCCGCAAGCCCGAGACUUCUUUUCAAGCACGACCGUCAUCCCGACCCUGGGCCUUCAUCAACCUCGCAUCACCAUCGUCCCAAAGGCCGCCGCCGUCACCGGACAAAGCAGAUACCGUGACGUGGCCGGCCCGGUCCGGUCUCCCGUUACCAUAACGACCAUCUCCAGAACAAAAAGUCCCGACGAGAACAACGGUCGCCUCCCGCCGCUGUCCAUCGUGACCGUCAGCACCGGCCCGGCGGGUCGGGCGUCAGCUUCGCCAGAACCUCCUUGCGGGACCGCCGUCACUGCCGGUCCCGACCGGCGACCCGGCACUGCUGCGGCCCCAAAUUUCAGCAAGGACUUGAUCAUGACAGAGGACAAAAAGAUUCACAUCCGCCUGAGGACCACCGACAAGCGGGACAAUGAAAGCCUCCAGCGGACCUCAGAAGGGAAGACCGGCGCCGGCACAAUGAGCAGCAGCUUGACCGUCACGCCCGUCACCGCCGCCACGUGCAGGCCGACAACAUCAGUGACCAGUUGGGUGUCCACUCGGAUCCCUGUGCCCGCAAAGGCCGAUGAGACCAGGACAGGACCCUGCGCGAGUCCGGUGCUGAAAAUCGAACUGAGAAAGUCGACCCCGGGUUCUUCCGCACCGUGAGGCCGCAGCCACGGCAGCCGCUCUGAGGUGCAAUACAUUUUUUUCCACUACUGCGUGAGUUCAUCACAUCGAUUGUUCUUUAACGGUGGAGUGGGUCACGGAUUUUUCCUGGUCGGUAUGUCCCUGCUUAGUCAGGGUUUUUUUUUUUUUUUUGGUUAAACAAAUCUUUCGUUCAAUGCACUGGUGACUGUUCACAGAUUUUUGCUAUUCGCAGUCAGCCUCGGUCUUUA